AUGGGUUCAAUGGUUUUACGCCUUUUAACGUUGGCUCUCGGCAUUGCAUUCAUCUUUUUUGGUCAACUUCAUAUAACUCCGCAAUUUUUUCGUGAACAACAUGAUCAUAUUAAAAACGAGUACGGAAAAUUCAAUAAAGAGUUUCCAUUCCAUCGACAAACGGGCUGGCGUCCGUAUGCGAAAAACUAUCGCUUAACUGUUGGUAUAACAGAAAUUGUCUGCGGUACUUGCUUGCUUCUUGGUAUUCUCAAAACACCGGCAACGAUUGUUUUGAUGAUGUUGAUGACCAAUGCUCUUAUUACUUUUCAAAAGUUGAAUUAUGGUCUUGAUUAUAUUGGUUCAGUUAUAUUCAUGUUGUUCCUUCUUGUCAUCCGGCUCGUUCUUGCAUCCAAAUCGAAAGUUCAAUCGGUUGCGAAAAAAGUGACGAAAAAGAUGGAAUAG